AUGCUGCCAUUCUCUUACCGCGUGCUCAUGCGCGGCGUGUCGGCGGUGGCUGGCGCGUCGUUCGUGGCUCUGCGGCAUCGCACGCUGGCGGGGACGACGCGCUCGUUCUGCAGCAGCAACCCGGUGUGGCUGGCGCCAGCCGCACCGACGAAGGAUGCGCCGCCGGCGAUGGGUGGCGACACGGACGCUGAGGAGACGCACCCUGACUUUCAGCCCCGCAUGGUGUCCAGCGACCUCGCGCAGGACGAGAUCGCAAUGAUCAAGAAGGAUAUAGACGACACGAUCCGCGACGAGGACAUUGUGGUGUUCAUCAAGGGUGUCCCAGAGGCGCCGAUGUGCGCCUUCUCGAAGCGCAUGAUUGACGUGAUGGAGGCACUUGGGGUGGAGUACACCUCCUUCGACGUGCUUGCUCACCCGGUGGUGCGCAGCUACGUGAAGGAGGUGAGCGAGUGGCCGACGAUCCCGCAGGUGUUUGUGAAGGGCGAGUUCGCCGGCGGCGUCGACAUUGUUCUGAAGAUGGCGGAGAGCGGUGACUUGCAGAUGCUGCUGGAUCAGAAGGGCAUCAAGCAUCGUGAUGCCAAACCGUAG